AUGUUGUUGGAAGACGAACACACCCCUAUUACCUGGGAAGUAUUCAAGAAGAAGUUCUAUGAAGAGUACUUUCCCAACAGUGUCCGGUUUGCCAAAGAAGUGGAAUUCCUUCAGCUAGUUCAAGGGGGAAUGAUGGUGUCUGAGUACGCCAACAGGUUUAAACAACUCAUGAGGUUCUAUACUAUGAGGAUGAGUGAAGAGUGGCAGUGUAGAAAAUUUGAGAAUGGGUUGAGGGAAGAUCUGAAGCCAGUCAUUGCCAGCCACUGUAUCCAGAAGUUCCCUGCCUUAGUGGAGAGGGCUAAGGUAUUAGAGAAGAAUCUGAUGGACGUUGAGAGACGCAAGAAGCAACAACAGCCAAGCUCCAAGGGACCUAUCUUUUCAAGAACCAACCCUGGUGCCAGAGCAACCCCUUACUCUCGGCCCAUGUCAUCCUCGGGUCCUUCUGCGUUGGCCGUUCGGCCUGUUAACUAUACCAGACCGUCUGGUCAACCGGGGAACGUGAGUUGCUUCAUCUGUGGAGGCCCUCACUUUAAGACUGACUGCCCCAAGCAAAGAAAUGCUAUGUUUUGCGUCCGGUGCAACAGAAAUGGACAUUUGGAGAGGGAUUGCAACAUGGGUAGCCGAGCGUUCUCAAGACCACCGAACGCAGGAAGGUUUCAACAAGAAAGUGGCCGAACGCAAGCAGCUGGCUGGGUAUACGCUAUCACAGGAGCUGAAGCAUCCAGUGCAGGUAAAAUCAUCACCAGCACUUGCUUAUUGCAUGGAAUGCCUUGCUGUGUAUUGUUUGAUUCAGGGGCAACACAUUCCUUCAUCUCGAAGGCAUGUGUUGAUAGGUUGGGUUUGGCCGAGAGAGAGAUGCAGCUUGAUAUGGUGGUGUCAGCCCCAACAACUGGUUAG